CAAUACCAUAGAUAAGCCAAUACUCAAUGGCCAUUAUGUUAGAAGUAUUUGUCAAAACAACACUUAACCUGCAAUUUUAUAAAUUGUAGUAAUUAUAAAGCAGCAUAUCAACAACAUUUUGCUUAUGAUUUUGCUUUUCUUUUUUCUUAAAAAAUUAAAUGGAAAGUGCAGUAGAACAACAUAAUUUUAGUAAUAUAAUGGAUCCACAGAGCAGUUCUUACAAAAGUUACUUGGUUACUCAAAAAUUGCCAUUGCAAGUGAAAGAUGAAAAUUGCCCUCAUAUUUCAAAAAUUAUCAAGGACGUGAAAUUUGAUGUACUUAAAGUAGUUGAUUGUAACACUAAAGAAGAAGAAAGUUUUCUUUUUAAUUACAUAGGAAACGAUGGUUUGCACUAUUGCCUGAAAACAAUAUUAAAUGAUUUCUUUAGCAAGGUAGCUCACCAGACUGUACUAGUUUUUAUGGAUGUCCUAAAUAAUGUUUCUCCACAUUUUGAUAAGGAAAUUGAAGAUAUAUUUCACAAAGAAGCUGCAACUCAUAAAAUUGAAAAUCUAAAAGUGUCAACUUUUGAAAUAGCUUUUGAUACUUAUACAGAUUUUGUAAGUGGCAACCAAACUUCAUUAACAGAAGCAGACUUUACUUAUUUUGAUUGUAAAGUUGUUAAACUUAGAGAAAUAUUAAAAUUCUUCAAAACCAGACAAAGAAGUGGAUGGCAAGCUUUUGUAAUAAGGAUAAAUUAUACAAUUAGCUGUCAUAUACAGAAGUUGUGUAACAUUGUCUUUCUCAAUCCAGAAUUAAGCACUGUUAAUGAUGGGGAAGAUAUUAUUCCUGUUAAUAGAUCUUUGACAGCAAUUUUAAAUUGUCAUUAUGAACCCCAAUUAAAUUGUGGUUUUACAAAAUUUAUUUACACUUUAACAAGGGCUACUAAUGUGUCUGUAGUUGUUAAGUAUCCAAGUCAAGAACAUAAUUUUAUGGGUGUGAAAACAGUAUUAUUUCACUCCUGCUUUAAAUAUGUAAAUUCAAGUGACCCAGGAGAAAUUUUGAAGUCUAAAACAAAGACAGGGGAAUACAUUAAGAGACUCAGAACUAAAAUCAUCAAAAUAGAAAAAGAGACCAGGGCCAAGAUUGUCAAAGAACUCAGUGAUUUUUAUUUUCAGCAAUAUUCUGUAUUAAAAGAAAAUUAUGCUAAGGCAUUAUCUCAAAUAGAAAACUCAAGGGAUGCUUCAGAAAAUAUGGAAAAUGCCAGUUUUAGUUUUAACCAUUCAAUAGCAGUACAGAAUUUCAGUGAACUGGGAGAUUGCUCUUCAAAAAUAAAAGGUUUGGUGUAUUUAAUAUUUGAAACUCAGCGACAAUUCAAAUGCUUUAUCGUAAUGAAUAAUGAACUACUGAAGAAUAAAAAAGACUCUGAAAAAUAUUUAGAAGAAAAAAAUGAAUCAUUGGAAGUCAUGAAAAUGGAAAUUGAAAACUUAGAAAAGGAAAAAGCGCGUCUUUUAAAUGUUAUUGAAGUUAAAGACAUGGAGAUGACGGAACAAAAACAGAAAACUUAUAGAGUAGUAAAACAUUACCAAAGGGCUGUUAAAUUUUAUCAGACAAGUCGUGUAACAGAUCAAGAGAUAAUUAAAGCCAAUAGAAAAGAAAUACAUUCUCUACUUAGAUACAUAAAUCAAUUACGUAAGAAGGAAUCUGGAAGAACUAGUGAAAACGUAAGAAGCAAUCCACCUUUCUCAAAGAUGAUUCAGUUGAAAUAUUUUCGGAAAUCUCAGUCCCCCAGUGCAAUAAAAAAUUGUAUCAAGGAGAGAAGAGACUAUUACAAAGAUGAUGAUAACACAAAAGUCAAUAAUGUGACUAACGUAAGCGAAGUGCCAUUUGUUAGAAUUAGAGUACAAAAGUAAGACUGUAAGAGUUCUUAAAGUACCAUUUUUUUUUUCUUUUAAUUGUAGAUACGCUUUUAUCUUUCUCUUUUUUUAUUUUUUAAAUGUAACA